GUGAUUAGCUUUGUUCCCAAGUCAAGGGAGACACUGCAAAUGUUUUUUCGAUCGAGUACGAACACUAAGUGUGUAAGACGGUAGAGCCCGAGAAUUAUAUCGCCAUUGAAAUCGGAAAUCAGAGACCAAGAUGGUGGAGUUCGCCUUUGACAUUAAGCACCUCUUUCCGCAAUCGAUCAUCCGGGUGCAGGCGCAUUCGCUGCGUCCCAAGGUCACCCAAUGUAGACGAUACGCCCAAACGGAACGGGGAAAAUCGACGAUGACCAGUUGUCGGCUUAGCGAAAUCCUAAACAUCAUGGGCAAGUUGUCGGCAGACGCGCAGGGACUCUGCCAUGCAGUGACCUCCGCCGACAAGUUGGCUUCCGACCAGGUGGUCUAUCUAAUGGCGGACAAAGCAGCGGGACACUGGGAAAUCACCGGGUUGCUUAAGGUCGGCACCAAGGAUCUCUUUGUAUUCGACCAGGGGGGAUGCUACCGGCGGCUUAAUCAAACGCCAGCCAUUCUGGAUUUUUAUGUACACGAGAGCCGCCAGCGCUGCGGCCAGGGAAAGCUGCUAUUCGAAUGGAUGCUGGAGAAGCAGGGCUGGUCAGCGCACAAGUGCACUGUGGACCGACCGUCCAAUAAGAUGCUGGCCUUUAUGGCCAAACACUAUGGCCUGGUCCGCACCAUUCCGCAGGGUAACAAUUUUGUGCUCUACGAAGGUUUCUUCGACGAUCCCAUCACCACGUGCAAAUCUGCAAGCGGACUCCAGGCGACCGGCAGUGGCUGCCGCAGCCGGAGCCAGGGACAUUACGUGCGCCAGGAACAGGACCAGGCGCAGAUAAAACAUGGGCAGGCCAACAGGAACACUGUACAGAACGAUGCAAAUUCCGGACCCUUUAGGCAGGACCAGAAAAUCGUGGUAGGUACAUCGAUCUAUCGACGUCGCUGGAAAUCACCACGCACACUCGCCAGAGCGGGUUGCAGGGAGGUUUCCGGGGGCCGGAGAUUCUAACACUAGAGCACGGAUCAUUUCUACCAUCCCGUAUGCAGUCGCACUUAGUUCGUUUUCAUUCGUGGCACUCAUCGCUUACAAAAUUAGUAGUUCGGAUUAAAAAUUUUUAAAGUUAUUAAAUUUAUAUUGCACACU